CACCAUCUCUCUCUCUCUCUCUCUCUCUCUCAGUUUAUUGAAGAGCCUACUAAGCUGCUCUGCGGCGCCCUGGCUGUGCUUUCUUUCCUUCGAGAAAAAUCAAGAUUGAGCCGCCGCAACAAUGGCAUACACAUGCUGUUCUUGUCCUUCUUCUUAUUCAGCACCAAUUCAAGGUCUCUCCUCCACCACUUCCCUCGCUUUCCAGCCCAACCCAUCUAUCCAGUUUCUCAAUUUCACCCUGAAAUUGCCCCAUCCGCCGAACACGCUAGUCAAAAACCGACCUCCACUAAUAACCUCCUGCUCUUCUUCUUCUUCUUCUUCUUCUUCUUCUUCUUCUUCUUCUUCUUCUUCUUCUUCUACGGAAUCGGUGGAGACGGCUACAACAGCAGCCGGCAAUCCUCCGAGGGUGCUGAGGAAGAGGACGAGGUACAGGAAGCAGUACCCCGGAGAGAGAGAGGGCAUUACCGAGGAGAUGAGGUUUGUUGCCAUGAGACUCCGCAAUGUCAAUGGCAAGAAAAUUGAAAGCCAUGAAAAGCAGCAAGGUGAUGAAGAUGAUGAGGGUACAGAUGGCGCUAGUGCACAGACUUGGGAACCCACCGUGGAGGGCUUCCUCAAGUACCUUGUCGAUAGCAAGCUUGUUUUCGAAGCUGUUGAACGCAUUGUCGAUGAAUCCAAUGAUGUUUCCUAUGCAUACUUCAGAAAAACUGGACUUCAACGAUCCAGAGGCCUUUCAGAAGAUUUGGAAUGGUUUAGCCAGCAGGGCAAUGUGAUUCCCCCACCUAGUAAUCCAGGAAUUACUUAUGUUAAAUAUCUGGAAGAACUUGCAGAGAAGAGUGCACCUUUAUUUCUCUGCCACUUCUAUAACAUAUACUUUUCGCAUAUAGCAGGUGGCCAAGUGAUAGCAAAAAGGGUCUCUGAGAACCUCUUAGAAGGAAGAGAGUUACAAUUCUACAGAUGGGAAGGGGAUGCAGAAGGGUUGUUGAAAGGUGUGCGAGAGAAGCUCAACAUGCUUGGAGAGCACUGGUCUCGAGAUGAGAAAAACAAAUGUUUAAGGGAAGCAACAAAGUCGUUCAGAUACUUGGGUCAGAUUGUCCGUUUGAUCAUUUUAUAGAACGACACAAUUUUCAUAUUGAAGCUCCACAUAUUUGUAAUCUCAAGGUUGCAGUUGGCCUGAACUCACCGAAGAGGUAAUUGAUGGUUUUGAUAUAUUGCCAUUUCCUAGAGCAUGUAUUGAUACACCUCUUCUGUAAAUCACUUCCAUAAGAUUGAAUUAUUUUUUUGUUCUUCUGUGUCUUAUCUGCCAAUAAGGCUUUCUCUUUUGGUUCAAUUUUCGUGCAAUUUUCAGUAAUAUAACCAGUCAAAGUGUCCUAGAGUAAAAGAGGAAUAGCCUUAUCAUUUCUGCUAAGAAUCACCCUCCUCUUCCUGCUGCUCCCAUUUCUAGUUUUCGUUUUGUUUUUUACUAACCCAUGUGUUCUGAAUAACCUUUAGCUACUGGAGCUGAAUUUCUUGUUAUAGGAGCUUCUAGAGCCGAAGCAUGACUCGAGUACCAUCCUGGAGGAAAGCAAGCCCAAGCAUGAUGUAAAAGUUUGGUUUAUUGUUGAUAAUUUGUGUUUAAGAGUUUUAUCUAUGCAUUAGUAUUAAAAACUAUCAAUUUAGACUAUUUUAUAAGACUAAAUGUCAUUAUUUUAUUUUUAUUUUUAUUA